AUGACUUUCCCUACAGAGGACAGUCAUCCAGAUCGAGAUCCAUCUUUACCAAUGGCUGCAGAGCGUGGUACAGGUAGUCGUCCGACCCCAACCAGCCACAUUCGCAUUGCACGUCCGUCGCGAUCGCUCGCCGCUGCCGAGCGGUUUUGGAAGGAUGGAUUGGGCCUAGAGGUCCUCUGGCGCGCCCAGCCCGCCGAGACAGUUGAAGGUGGCCAUGAACUUCUCAUGCUGGGCUGGCCAAGCGCUUCGUGGCAUCUUGAACUGGUGCAGCUGCAUGAUCAAGAUGGUGAAGAGAUGCAGCCACGCCCGACCGAAGAGGAUCUACUGGUGAUUUAUCUGGAUGGACCUGUCGAUCCCGCCGUCGUAGAUGCUUUGCUCGCGGCCGGUGGAAAGAGGGUGGAAUCACCGAAUCCGUAUUGGAACACGUGGGGCGUCACUCUUGAGGAUCCUGAUGGCUAUCGACUCGUGUUGUGUAAGAGACAGUGGAGUAAUUGA